AUGCAGGCGGCAUACUUUGCCAUCCGUGCAUUUAAUAUCGAGCUAGCUCGUAUUCCAGAUGUCGUCUCUCUGCCACAGAUUGGUGCAAUGAGAAUGCAGUUUUGGCGAGAGACGAUUGAUAAAACCUUCAAGCUUACUCCGCCCGCUGAACCGGUUGCAAUUUUGCUGGCCUCAUAUCUCGAUCAAGGGCAUAAACUUAGCAAAACCUGGUUUCAUCGUAUCAUUACUGCCAGAGAUCGCAAACUGACGCACCCUGGCUUUACUAGUAUGAACGAACUCGAGUCUUAUGCAGAGUCUACAUAUUCUACCCUCCUUUAUCUAACGCUCUCUGCUCUGCCACUUGAAUCACUCACGAUGGAUCAUUUCGCAUCGCAUAUUGGCAAAGCUGCGGGCAUAACAGCUGUACUUCGCGGAGUUCCGUUACUUGCUUUUCCACCUCCACCAAACCAACACUCCAACAACCCAGCGGGAAUGGGUAUUCCUGCAACUCGCGAGAAGCAGGGUGUGAUCACAUUGCCCCUUGAUGUCAUGGGACAGUGUAGCGUACGCGAAGAAGACAUCUUUCGUAACGGAUCAAAUGCUGCUGGACUCCGCGAUGCAGUAUUUACAGUCGCCACACGUGCUUCGGAUCAUCUGAUCACUGCCAGGACGAUGCUCAAAAAUGUAGCAGAGGACAAAAGCCCGGGCCAUGAAUUUGAGUACAUGGACGACGAGGGUCGGGAUUACAGCAGAUAUGAGAGUGAAACCGACACAUCUGCCCAGAAGACGCGGCAAGACAAGGACCGAGGCUUCGGCAUUGUCAUGGGUCCAGCUGUUAGCACCCAAUUAUGGCUGAAUAGGUUGCAAAAAGUCGACUUUGACAUCUUUCACAACAGUUUGCUGCGUCAGGAAUGGAAACUCCCAUUUAUUGCUUGGAGUCGGCAUAGAAAAGGCGAGUUUUGA